UUCAUAGUCGUCUCAUAAUAGACCUUCACAACAAACCAAAACCCUAGACAGAGCCAUUAGGCUCUCCCCCACAUCCCCUCUCUCAGGGGUUUGGGCCACAUCUUAGCUACUUCCAUUAACAUAAUUCUAUUUAUAAUCUCCGGUUACUAGUUAAUGUCUGACGGACAAGAACAGCCACCGCAUCCACGGCCGCCGGCGCCGCUUUACAAACAGAAGUCAUGGUCGCCGGAUUUGUACAGGGACGAGGCGUGGCUGAAGCGGCAGGGGAUUAACAAGAAUAGACAUAGACGGAGUAAGAGCGUGACGAAUGAAGAUAUUGAUGAACUUAAAGGCUGUAUUGAGCUAGGGUUUGGGUUUGACUCGCCGGAGAUUGACCGACGUUUGUCGGAUACUCUGCCGGCUCUGGGGCUUUUGAACUAUGCUCUUAACAAGCAGUAUUAUAACUCGGCUACGUCGUCGUUUACCUCGUCGGCUUCGGACGGAGAUGUGGCCUCUCCCUUGGGAAGUCCCGGCUCCAUUUUCUUUCCAGGAGAUACUCCGCAAACAGUGAAGACAAGGCUAAAACAAUGGGCACAAGUGGUGGCCUGUUCGGUACGCCAAUCUUCUUCAAACUGAUGAAAGAUUAAUAUUACUUCAUGACCGGAUCUCAAAGUGCUGAACAUGCAAACGAAAUUAGGUCAGGACCGAAAUGGAAACGGUAGACAAUUAAGUGCUUAAAUGAUUAUAUGUGAUAUAAUAUUGUUACGCGUUUUGAGUAAUAUGAUUGAUAAUAUUCAUGACUAUGAUGUAUCUAGCAACCAACUAAACCCACCACGACGCACUACAUUAUAUUCUCCACCAACUUUGGUUGCCUUUGUCUACAUGUGUAUCCAUAGUUGUUACUAUUAUUAUUUCUGAAAAUGAUGGCUUUAAUUAAUUUGGCCGUAGGCCUAGAUUUUUUGUUCA